AUGUCUUUCCUCAAUCUUCAACCCUUCGACCCAACGUUGGCCCGUUUGCAUCACGCCUAUGUUAACAACGGUGUUGCACCGCCCAUUGUUACACCUAAUGUCAAAGGCCCGCCUACUCUCGUGCCCAACGCAAAGUGCCUCGCAAUCGCUCAACGCAAUAAAAUCCAGUCACCUCUUCUGCGAUUACCAGCUGAGGUUCGUAACAAGAUAUACGCCUACACGCUCGAACUCAUCCCCACGGAAAUAUGGCGGUGGCAUCAUGAAGAACUGUACUUUUGGGAUCGUAUGUUCUUUGUUCGAUCCUCGCGCGAGGUCUUCGCUGAGACCGCCGCGGCUGCUCAGCGCAACCAGCUUCAUUCCCCUCUCUUGCGUCUGCCGGCUGAGAUCCGCAACAAGAUAUUUCAUAUAGCCCUAGAUCUCAGCGCAAGGAAUUGGAAACAUGACUCCCAUUUCCACUGGGACCGCCUCGAUCUGUCCCGUACAUCACGACAAAUCUUCGCCGAAACCGCAAAUGCCUACUUCGCAAUACACCUCUACCCCGUCGCACGCUUCAUACAUCGCGAGUUCGACCUAUCCGACCUCUCGAAACUCCGGAAGCGGUGUACGCCGUUACAGCUAAGGUUGAUUAGGCAUAUCGAUAUUGAUUGGGAUGCCUUUCAAUCUGAAGAUCCAGCCAUGGGACUCCGCGAGCCUAUCGAACAGAACAUGCGUACAUUGCGGAUUUUUCCUGCACUGGAAACACUGAUUAUCUCGGAGGCACCAUAUCAAGUGACCGGUGCUGAUGACUGGUAUACGAAUGAAUUCCGGAAACAAGUGGGAAAUCAAGACCUCUGGGUGGAGUAUCUGGAGAAGGAAUAUCGGAAUGGGGGUUAA